AUGGAGAUUGACGAGGAUAUUACUCAUCAUAUUGGAGCGGGAUGGAUGAAAUGGAGAUUCGCUUUUGGGAUCUUGUGUGAUAAGAAUAUGCCACCAAGAUUUAAGGGCAAGUUCUACAGAGUGGUGGUUAGACCAACUAUAUUGUAUUGGGCUGAGUAUUGGCCCGUCAAAAAGUCCUAUGUCCAAAAGAUAAAAGCAGCUAAAAUGAGGAUGUUGAAAUGGAUAUGUGUGCAUACCAGAAAAGACAAGAUUAGGAAUGAAGUUAUAAGGGACAAGGUGGGAGUGGCCUUUGUGGAGGACGAGUUGAAAAAAUCGAGGCUGAGAUGGUUCGGCAUGUGA